GACUAUGUGACCGUCUACGAUGGCUAUACCACACGUGACCCAAUUGUAUUGAAAUUUUGUGGCGGCGGACAAGCAGUACCGUCAGCAGUUUCUAGUGGACCAGAGUUGCUGGUGGAAUUUACUACAUCGCCUUUUGGCACAUUUACGGGUACAUCUUCGCAAGUGCUGCCACUGUACGGCUUUCAAUUGGAUGUCGAGGUGAUUUUCGUCGACAUAAUGAGCCCGACCUAUUCGAAAAAUAAAAAGCCUUGCGAAUUUUGGAUACGCGGCGCUGGUCGGGGAAUACUUGAGAACCCUAAACAUUCGUUAGCGCCUAACACCACCUGUCUUUAUCACCUACAAGGCAUGGGUGUCUUCAAGACCUUCGAUCACUUGAGCUUGUCACGUCGCACCAGCGCUCAGGGUAUGAGUCAGCCACUUUCACGUUUUAAAGUGUGGAUCUCAAUGAUGAAAUUCAAUUUGGAUCCCGAAUUUGGGCAAAUCGAUGAGACCUCUGUGGGCGCGAUUGGUGUACUACAAACGCAUGAGGAUUGUACUGGCAUGCUACGUAUCUGGGAUGGUGCAUUGAGGGAGCCACCCGCAUGUAAGGAUCUCAAUUGCGCAAGCGACACGCCCUCCCAUCCGGUGCUCACGCAUUACACGCAGAAUUCCACCAAUGUUAUUGCACGUUUCUGCCGUGGUACCAUACCGCGCACCUGCGAUCGUUCCAACAUCAACGAAACCUACGCGCGACCUUGUACGAUAUCUGAAAGUUAUGUGUCGAGCAGCGACAGCAUUACGUUGGAGCUUAAGAACACUGAGUCAACUGUGCUGCGUCCGCUGGAGUUUAAACUGAAGUACGAGUUCAUCGACUUGCAUCAGGACGGUCUACCGCUGGCUGGUGGCGAGAACGACUGUAGUCGCAAAUUUGUCAGUAGUCUUAUGGAUCGCAAGGAUCCAGCCAUCUUUCGUAGUGUGCGCAAUAUAUUUCUAUUCGGGCGUGGUGGUACGCGUUACUUGAAAUGUAUAUACAAAUUCGAAGGCCAGCGGGGCGAACGUAUACGUAUCAAGUUGCGUAAGGUGACUACGUUGAAUCGGCCAUGCAUGUCACGCGUAGACGAGGACAUAAAUCGUUCAUUUUGUUACGGUGACACAAAUGCGCGUAUUGAGAUCUUCGAACGACCCUACCACGAUUCGAUUUUACUGCCGCGCGGCUGCCUUUGCAAUUCGUCGAACUCUUCGCAUCUGCCUGUGGAAUACACCUCUACAAGUCGUGAUCUUGAAGUGCAUUUUACCGCCAUAAAUAUGACCACACUUGACGAUCCGGACGCCAUAAACUUCGAAGGCAUGUUCGAAUUCAUCAAGGGACCAGCAAACUGCAAAGAUGGACGACGAAAAUUCGGCCCUAGUGGCACUAUACAGAUGACGUUCGGUGAUAUGGAAUGCCGCACACGACCCUGGUUAAUUGAACCUUCGAAUGGCAACAAAUUUCUCUAUGUGCGCCUUAAAGCCAUAUUCUUGCGUAAAUACAAUCCCAAAAAAGCAAUGAAUACCACCAUAGUGGGCACAAGCUCAUAUCGGUGCGAAACUAAAGCUCGCGUCGUGCUAACAACUUCCGAGGGUUUGACCAUCACCGCUUGCCCGCUAUCGCCCGACUCAAAAGCUUACGAGUUUGUAGAAAUUUUCAGCUCUGGCUGGAAUGAGCGUCCCAUUUACUCGAUUGCGAAUCGUUCCAAAGCCAUUAGCGUUGAGUAUCUGCGUCCUGAGAAUGGUGACUUUACAUUCAAUUGGAUGGAAUUGGUUCCUAGACCAGUACUGAGUAUAGCAGAAGACUGUCAGUACAAAUGCUCCGAACUGGGAGCUUGCGUUAACGCUAGCGUUUGGUGCGACGGCAUUGUACACUGCCCCUCCGGUGACGAUGAGACCUUCCUACAAUGUUCGGCCAUCAUGAAACUACCCACUGAGAUAUUGGCCACUUUGUGUCUCAUCAUUGUGUUGCUGUGUUGCGCCUUUGCCGCUUUCGCAUACAAAAAAAUCAAGCGCAAGUUUCGCGGUUCAUCAGUGCUGCAGACGCGCCUCAAAUCGCUUAGUUCUAUGGAUACGGCCGUGUUGGAUGAGAAGGAGGUGAUUUGCUGACAAAGCGACAAUUCUGUGCGAUAUGUCGAAAUCGAUCGUGUGACCACAGUCUGACCACUUUCGAUGGAAAUAUACAAAAUCGCGCAGAAUUGUGCCCCGGAACGAUUCAGCAUAAUACUAAGCCUAACAAGAAUGCGUAUAUUCGUUUGAAUGGGCGAAAUCGAAAGGCAACAAAGCUACAUACAUAAUUUAAAACUACAUACAUACUUAGUACGUGUACGACCGACCCGAUUCACCUGUUUUUAUGCAUUUGAAUUUUAUUCAAAAAUUUCGUAUGUAAGUUUUUACCCGUAUACUACUACUACUACUACUACAACUACAUACUACAUGUGUAUGUGUGUAAUACUACUAUUGUGUCGUCUCUAUGGAAUGAUCUUUGUAAAGUUUGAAAAAACAAAACACAAGAAGAACAAAACUAUACUUUUUUACGACUAAUUUUAAGCCACAAAUUAAGGCAUCGAUCGAAUCGCAGAAAACCCAAGCAAAUCUUUUUUUUUACAUUAAACAAAUUUGGGUGUCUGUAUGUUUGUACUAUAGCCUAGUCUAGUUAUGUAAUGAGUGUUCUAAGUAAGCAAGUAGGAAAAUCGUUACUGGACAAAGCUUUAGAUUUCAUUAUAAAAUCAUUUCAGUUGCAAGUACUACAUACGCAUAUUGUAUUUACACAUGAGGCAUACGAUCUCGAAACUCUGCUAACGCUGCUAGUUAAUGAAACAUGUAUUUAGAUCUCAACUCUUUUUGAAUUUUGUGGGUGCAUAAAUGAAACUUAUCUUCAGUCUUUGAAAUGUCAAAUUCGUUGUCUGAUUUCCUUCUCGCACAAAACUUUAACUAAUCUUAAGCUUUUGAAGGAAGCUUUUUCUUGGCGACUUUACCUGUCUUCCUUAAAACAAAACAUUAACUAACCUUAAGCUUUUGAACAAAGCUUUUUCUUGGAAAUAAGUACGUAUUUCUUAAGGCAAAGCAAGUGGGAAGUUUUUCAGUUUUCUUUUUCGUUCUACAAAGCCCGCCUCCCUCUCAUGACCAGUGAUGUUCAGAGAGAGCUUUUACUCUAUGCGCGCCCAUACAAAAUCUACAGAGAGCUUUAAAGAGUUCCGCCCGCGGGCGCUCGUGCAGGAUAGCAAGGUAUAUUUGGCCUGAAGCGACCACUGCUACGACAUGUAAUUGGUGUUCUCACCAGGCACGGCCUGAGAGCAACCCACGCUAUUAGAAUGGGUAUGCAGUCAAACGACUGCUGUCGUAGCUGCCAUAAUGUAGAGGAGAUUUAAAGCGUUAGCUAUCACAUAGACGAUCGUUCCUCAACUAAUCUGUUGAACGUUUGGCUGAACUGGAUUCAGCUUAUAUCUCCGACUUUGUGCGCUU